AUGGAGAACCGCGUGGUGGCGCUGGCGGUGCUGGAGAAUCUCAUCCACUGGCCACUGCCGAAUCGAAGCGGCUACGCUGCAUUAGCGCGCGGGUCUGGCGAGGACGAGGAGGACGGUAGCGCCACCGCAGCGUUGGUGUCUGCCGGUGAUGUCGAAGACCUCUCCAGGGAGCCGCGGCAGCGCAAGCAGGACCGCUAUCGAGCCGUCCUUCUCCUGCCGCACCUGUGCCACAGGCUCGGAAGCCGCUGGGCGGAGACGGAGAUUGUGCCGUAUCUUAUGCGAUGCGUGGAAGAAGACGACCCGCAGCUGGCGCUGGUGACCGGGAUGGCAUUGCUCGGGGUGGCGCUGCCUCGUCGCGCACCGCUGGGGCCCACCAUCUCGGCAUCCGGCAGCAGCUCACCGGCCGCACCCGGCGCAACGGACAACAACUUGGGCGCCUUCCUCUCUGUCGAGGAUGUGCAGCCGGUUUGCUCGUUGCUCGCAGCCAGCAGUGCGGAGGAGACACGGCAGUUCACCGCACAGGUGGUACUCCCCCACCUAUUCUUUGGUGUGGCACUCGAGCGCGAUAUCACGCUGGAGAGCUGGGAUCGCAAGUACGUACCACUCUCCGUGCUGCAGGCAGACAUGACAACCACAGAAACGUCGAUGGAAGCCAACGAAGUGGGUGAAUACUUGGAAAGUGGGGACGUCGACGGUGGCGCGGCGUCGACGGUGCGGCUUAUGGCGGCCGUGCGGAAACAGCUACUACGGAAGCACCGGGUCACCAUGAAAGCGAGGGCUGCCGCAGCGCGCGCGUCGUCUACUGUCAGCGGCAAGGACUCACACACAUCCUCUUCAGCAGCUGCCGUCACCGACCCUCCCGCUCCUACGGAAGAGGACGUGCGCAAGCGCUGCUACGACCUUGCCUUAGAGGACGAAUCUGUGCAGUUCGUGUGGAGCGGGGGCUACACUGCCCUCACAGGGCCGUGGUGCUUCGACGGCAGCCGUCGCCUCGCCUCCCUCUGCAAAGACGUGAGCGACGCCUGUGGAAGGUGCAGCAGCGGCAGCGGCGCCGCUGCCUGUCGAACAAUGGCGAGCUUUCGCUGCUUCCGCAGGCAUCACCGUCGUGUGGACAACGGGCAGACGCUUCGAGGGGAGCCGCCAGCGGCCUGCCUGCCGCUCUAUGGCGCUGACUUAGACCUCUACGGUGCAGCCUACGCCUCGGAUGCCGACAGCGGCAGCGGUGACGACUUCUUCUCUGUAAAUGUGCGAGCGCGGGCGUUGGUGGCGGACCUUGUCCGGUGGAUGGACGCAUUGGGCCCGCCAGCAGUCGCUGCAACUGACACGUCCCCGAGCGCUGAUGCGGGCACGUCCAGGUCCGCGCGGCUGCACGCGGACGGCAGCCUCUCGCUCUUUGACUACCUGUGCUGCGAUGAACGCCGCGAUGCGCUGCGCUGCCGGUGGCGCUCGCUGAUCAAGAUACUUCAGGGAUUUCUGGAGUCACCGUACCCCGGCCCGGUGGCGGCGGCUGUGGAGACGGUGAGCGGGUUGCUGCACGCCAUCCAAGCAGCCCUGUGGGAAGCCGAACAGCAGCAGCAACAGAGGGCCAAGUCAAGCAGCGCCGGUUCCCAUGCGGCCCCCCUGAGAAACAAGGCCACCUCGAUAGAUGCGGGUGCGGAAGUCGAUGCAUGGUCAGGGAUCCGCGUACCGGCUGAACCGCUCCUGACCACGGCGGAGCUGCAGACGUUCAUACACCGCAUGACGCGCCGCCACGUGGCAUAUUGCGUCGCCGCCGCCGUCUCCGCGCGCACAGUGUCGAUGCCGCCCUCUCCGACAGCCACAUCGAUGAAGGUGCUCACCGACAGCAUGGGCCGCUUCAUGCGCUCUGCACUGGUCACAGCACAGGGACUGCUGGCCGAUCUUCUGCUGCGCCACCACGUUCUCAUGAAACUUGACGUGUGCAGCGCCACGGCAUCAACAACGACGUCAGAAAGCCCUCACCACCGGUUGAGCCUGGGCACUAGCUGCAUGAUGCUGCAAGUCGGUGUCGGCCCAAGCGAGUCCCGUCUCGCUUCGUACAGCGCGUGGGACGUCAGCUUCGCGUGUGUGAGUGCCACCGCUGGUGCUGUCACUGCUGCUACCCCUAACAUGCCCGAUGACGCCUCCUUCCUGAUGACGACCACGCCCGCCGCUGACGAAAGGACGGAGAAGGGCAGCGCCAAGUGGCUCCCUGGUACCCUCAACGCCGUCUCCGUCUUUCGUCUCCACCGACUUGUGCGCCGUGCGCUGCUGCGAGCGCUACCACUGUGCGUCGACUUUCCCUGCAUCCUCUACUCCUGCGCAUCGACACGCGCGCUGUCGAACGCGAGCACCAGCGGCACCUCCGCAUCCGCCGCCAGUGUCUUCUCCCUGUCGGCAGUGUGUCCAAUGCUGCUGCAAGUGUUGGUGCCGCCCAGUGCCCUUCCCCCGCUGCUGCACGUGCUUCGAGUCACCGUCGAACUCCAGCACCAGGCGGAAAAGUACCACGCGGCUGGUGAGAAGCACGCAGGUGAGGCGGCAGCACCGACGCCGUACACGUGCCACGUCGAUCCUGCUGGCCCGACCAUGACGGUACCGGCCCUGUGGGCUGCCAUGACCGCCGCUGGCAGCGUGCUGCAGCUCGACACCGCUGCUGCAGGAGCGCUGUCCACAGUAGAAGAGAGCCCCGCCUCCGUAGACUUCGCUCUUCUCGAAGCCGCUCUUGACGCAGUGCAGCGCCUCAUGGCCGAGGCAGCCGUACAACUCUCCGCCGCUCCGCCGAUCGGCUCGCUUCGUAGCGCAUCAACACCGGUCAGUGUUGCCGGCGCACCCCCUUCGCACGUUCUGGACGCCGUGUGCGCACAGCUCUUCAUCCUCCUCGCCGCCUGUCUGCGCUGGGUGCCGCGCUACACAAACUGGAAGGCGCGGUGGUUGAUUGCGCAGCGACUGCCACGGCUGACCGCCACCUUCUGUCUACUUAUCGUCCGCAUGUCCUCACUCGCCGGGGGGGCCGAUGUGCCGGCCGCCAGUGGGCCCACAGCGCAUCAGCUGCGCGCACAAACGUGGCUGACGCACACGCUGCACCUCCUUACCUCUCUCUGGACGUGCGCCGCGCAGUUUGGGACGGCGCCGCUGCAUGACCUGGUGGACGACGAGGAGGUCGAGGUGCGUUGCAUCGCAGCGCGGUGCGCGGCGCAGUGCUUCGGUGGUGCAACGGAGGCGGUGCUCCGGCUGAGCUCUUCGGCCGGGGCUGGUGAUGAGAGGGCGCGCGCAAAGGCACGCGUCACCUCGCAGGAGUCUUCGCUGCUCCCUUCGCUAUGCAAGCCGCUCGUGCAACUACUGGACGCCAUCACGCAGUGCGUCCUUGUCGCCGCCAGUGACGGCGACACACGCGUCCUCUGCCGCUCUGCCGAGGCCCUUGCGGGGCUAUCGCGAACCUUGAGUCUCUUGGUCGUUACAGACCCGUCAGCGGCGACACGGCCCGCCUCCUCCACAUCCACGAGAAACGAAGAAGAGCCGGCUGUGUGGGCCCGCUACCUGCACUCCAACACGGACACGCUCCUGCGGCUGAUGACUGACAAGAGGCCCACAGUGCAGCUGGCCCUCGUCUCUCAGCUCACGGACUUGCUACUGAUGCGCAUGCGAAAGCCUCCUCACGAGAAGCGGCAAGGGCAGUCUCGCAACGGGCGGGCGCAGGGUCAGCUGAUGGGUGACGAGAGCGACGCUUCGUUCACUUGCGUGCCCGACGGGGACGGGGAGGAGAACAGCGAAAACGACGCAGACGCGCCGCACCGCAGCCCCGACGAGGUGCAGUAUGACGCCCUUCUUCAGUGCCUUCGGCAGCUGUCCCAGCACGAGCUGUGGCGGCUACGUGAGCAGUACGCGCUGCUCCUAGCCCACCUCUGUGGAUGCCUGCUGCUGACAGCCGCCGCUGCCCCCGCGCCUGCGCCGCACGGCCGACACGCAAAUCCUCAGCGGAUUCCCUCCAUGGACUUUAGCGCCGUCAAUGCCGGGCGCGUGCCUGGCGAGGGCGGCACGGACGAGACGACGCGCGGCUCCGUGACAGAUGCCUCUGUAAUGGCUCAACAAGGCGGUGCGGACGCCUCCUUGUGGGCACACACGCACCCGUUAUACCAACUUGCUCGCACCGAGCUGCUGACGUUGCUGGUGGCGGUGCUCUUCGACAAGGUCAAGGCGGUCCGCGACGCUGCGCUCGACGCGGUGGAGCGGAUGUGUGUGCAACUCGCUGUCGCGAGCAGCCGGAGUGCAGCCGGCACUGGUGCGGGGGGCGGCGGCGGAGCGAGGCAGGGCAGUGCCGGCACGCAAUUUGGCGUGGGCUACGGCACUGAAGGCGUCGACACCUCUGCCGAUGCUGUCGCCACCGCCUCCGGCUCCCUCAACGCGAACACAUUCGUCGACGACGUGCUCUGGCCGCGCAUCUACGCCUACGCGCACGCGUGGGAGACUUACCUAAGCCGUAGUGCCCUCCUGCGCAUAGCAAUGCGGCUGCGAGUGGACAAGACAUCCGCUUUCAUUCCACUGCUGGACCAACUCGCCCGCGAUCCGGUGCUGAACGUGCGCUUGGUGGUAGCAAAGGUCAUUUUGGAGGUGCUCCUUGCGAGCUCACCCGAGGUGCACGCCAUGACGACGCCAGCGCUGUUUCUGGAGGCAAAGGAUGGCGAGGUUGCAAGCUCCAGGACGUCGACGCCUACGCCCAUGUCCUCCAACAAGCCGGAGCUGCCCUCUGGCACCAUAGCGUACAGCAUCUUAAUGAGCAAGCCCGUACCUCCGCUUCUCGCUGGCAGCGGUAGUGGGAAUGGUCGUGCUGCAGCCAUCGCGGAUGUCGUGCUGCCGCCCAUUCAGUUCGAUGAGGUGGAGCGCGCCGGUGUCAUUCUCCAGAUCCUGCGCCAGCUGCUCAAAGACCCCAGCUCGGAUGUGCGUGAUGAGGCGGCCAAGGCGCUGAAGGUGUGCUUUUAA